CUCUCUCAGCCUCUCCCUUUCAACGCUGCUGCAUUGCUUCAAUUUCUGACCUCCUGCUCGAAAUAUGCACGCUUUGGUGCCCAGUUCCAGACUUUAUCUGUCACCCAUCAGGGAUGAAGAAGCAGAGUCUCAGAGGAGGGCCAAAUCUCGUCAUGCCAGACAGACCCGCAGGUCAACGCAGGGUGUAACUCUGACGGACUUGAAAGCGGCUCAGAACAUCAACAAAAGCUCAGAGGAGUUUCUACUUGAUGGGAAAGUGGAGGAUGGAGCAAAAGAAACCAAAAUCAGUCCAAGAUGGAGCAACAGAGAUGAGCGGGGGACCAUCGGACCCAAGUUACAAAGUGUUGCUGAGUUCACAGAAGCCUGCUGCUGGCCUGCGUCCACCAUUACAGGGAUAAACUCAAUCAGAGUGGGUGGAAGAAGGUGGAGAGAUGAAAAUCAGAACCCUCUUGAAGACGAACAGCUUACAUUUGCAAAACAGAGGAGCAGAAGACAUGGAUUGGAUGGAUGUGAUAAAUCAGAUGGCACCGUCGCAGAGGUAUGAUGAUCAAUUGAAAAAGUCACGCACCGUUAUCUGCAUUGACCCGAUAGUAUAAAUCAUUCCAAUUCAUAUAUUACCCAAAAUAAAUCGGGUGCCUGCUUCGACAAAGAGCAAUAAUCCCUGAGAAGAGCUUUGACAAGGGACCUGAAUGGCUGACAUUUGCUCCAAUAAAACUCACACUUGUAGCUGUCAA